UGCCGAAAAUUUGGUUGCCCUAGCAACUCGAUUCUGACGUCAUCAGUCCUGGUGCUACCCUGCCGCUGUGUCUUUGAGUGGAGGGAAACCCCGUGGAUGAGCGGGAGAGAUCAUCAGCUGUGCGGCCGGGCAUCAGGAACAACACCGUAUAACGACACUCUCAGUCCACACAGGAGCCAUGGCAGAGGAGCACGUACAUCAAGCCAAACUGGCCGAGCAGGCUGAGCGCUACGAUGACAUGGCUGCGGUCAUGAAGACCGUUGCAGAGGGGGACUCAGAGCUCAGCAUCGAGGAGCGCAACCUGCUCUCUGUUGCCUACAAGAAUGUGGUGGGGGCUAGGAGAUCUUCCUGGAGGGUGGUGUCCAGCUUGGAGCAGAAAGCUGAUGACCCUGCGAAGGUCGCGCUGGCCAAGAGCUACAGAGAGACUAUUGAGAAGGAGCUGAAUGACAUCUGCAAGGAAGUCCUGGACCUGCUCGACAAACAUCUGAUCCCCAAAGCUAAGCCUGCUGACAGCAAAGUCUUCUACCUGAAAAUGAAGGGAGACUACUACCGCUACCUGGCUGAGGUUGCCACCGGAGAUGACAGGACGGCCAUCAUCACUACUUCACAAGAAGCCUACCAGAGCGCCUUGGACAUCAGCUACAAAGAAAUGCAGCCUACACAUCCCAUCCGCCUAGGCCUCGCUCUUAACUUCUCCGUCUUCUACUAUGAGAUCGUCAACUCCCCUGACAAGGCCUGCAACCUGGCCAAGGCGGCCUUUGAUGAAGCCAUCGCCAUGCUGGACUCCCUCAACAACGAGUCCUACAAAGACAGCACCUUGAUCAUGCAGCUGCUCCGUGACAAUCUGACACUGUGGAUGUCAGAAACCCAGGCUGACGGCGAGGGCGAGGGUGAGGGCGAGGAGACGGAGCCGGCGCCAGCAGCUGAGAAGAACUGAACUCCAGAGAAAAACAAAACAAAAACACACAUUUUUUACCUCUCACCAGCCUAAGUUGUGUGUGUGGUUGUGUUUACACAUACAUGCACAGAUAUGUAUGUUUACACUCCACUCACAAUGUGUAAAGUACGGUAUGUGUGUGCAGAUGCAGUGAAGCGCGCGUGUGUGUGUGUGUGUUAACUGUAUGAGCACCUCCACAGAGAAAAGAAUGGAAUAGAUCUUUUUUUUUUGGACAUUUCUCAUUGUGUGAACCAGCGGAUGUUUAUUUUUUUGUUUAGUUUUUUGUCUGUGGUUUAGUCCAGAUGAAAUCCCUCCCCUACAUACAAAUCAGCCCCGUGCUUCUUUAACCUUAUUCACUGUAGCAAACUGCUGCUGUCGCACGAAAAGACAAACAAGAAAACCUCUAACUGUAAUUUUGAUAAUUUGUAUGUUUUUACUUGAAUUGAACAUUUUCAGUCUUUGUGACACUUGAGUCUAUGAAACUCCUUUUGAAAUGUGUCUGCUGUAAAAGUGGUCACAGCCAUCUGAAGUCAUGAAAUUUUAGGUCUCAUCUGAUACUAGCAGAGAUCAUAUAGAUGGCAGCAUUUGCCUCACUAAAGAUCUAUUACCAGAUUACUUAUAGCAAUCCCGCCCUGUCGGUGUCCAUUGUAGCGGGUAGUGAUUUUAUGGAUGGUACAUGUGUUACAGCUCAGUGGGUUCUAUGUGUAUUCGGGCGUAGGAAAGGUUUUCUGUAUGAAUGGCCACUUGCGAAAACUGUAGUUGGAACUCUGUUGAUAGUUUUGUUGAGAGGAUUACAUUCCAUUUUACUGACUUUACUGACUUUUCACUCUCAGUGAAAUGUGUAGACUAUAAUUUCCUGCAAUUUUCCAUACCACAUGAAAAGGUAUAGACAGCCUAAGAUAAAAGUGAACAACUUGAUAAAAUGGCUUGAUACUGUAACUUUUGAUAUUUUAUCUGUGCAGCAGUGCAGAGGAUACUUUUGCCAUGUGCUUUUAUGUGGCUUUCUACUCUUUUUUAUUCAGGUGUUUUUGUAUUUUCUUUCUGUGUAUUUUAUUCCCUUUGACUCUUGAUUUGACUCUUGGAAUGUAUGUGGUUCUCAGUAGUAUGGUGUGAGGGUUAGGGGUGCUUUGAAACUGGCAGUUUUUGCUUAGGAUUUAGCUUGAACCAGGUGGUUUACAGUAACAUUUACCUUCCUUGAAAGUACAUUGUGAAAAGACAAACUAAAACAAUUCUAAAAUAUUAAUUGAUAAUAAAAUGUAACUUGGUAGAGAGCUGUGUUACGGCCAUUUAGUAGUCACAAAGUAGAGCCAGUUUCUUCUAAUUACAGUAUCUUGGUUUUUAAAAAGAUGGGAUGCAGGAAUCAGAAUUUGCAGGUUACACUCGGAGUACGUUAUUUGGUUAUGUGCUUUCAUGUAAGUGGAAUUAAAACAUUAAAAUAAG